CUUGGAUCAAACCGGUUUCUCGAACUUACCACUAUGAAAGACUUCCAUAUACCAUGGAGUUUAUACUAUCCUCUCACAUGUUAAAUAGACUAACCAUUCUCUUGUUGGCAGUAUUCAAAAUAUCUAAGGUUUAUGCAUUGAAUGGUUCACUAUAAAUUCAGAUCAUCUUCAUUUGAAAGAGCACCACUUCCUCAAGGUAGAGAUGGCCAUUGGGCAAUUUUCUUGUACUUACACAGAGGAUUAUAUAGAAUGGGAUGUAAGUUCCUCUUCCAACUUCUGUUACUCACUCAACUCGACACCUCAAACGAAAGAGUUCGAGUUUCAAAUGAGCUCGGUUUCUCUCGAAAGAGAAACCGCCAUUUCCCACGCUGAUGAGCUUUUUUACAAUGGAAAACUUCUUCCCCUUCAACUCCCACGUCGUGCUCAAAACUCCAAUGCUCACCAUGAAACCGAACCUCGCUCCAGCUCCUCUGCUAACGCAAGCAUUUACACCCUUCACGAUUCCUUUAAUUUUCCUCCUGCCGAGUCUUGCAGGUUCGGUUUUGAGCUAAAACCCGCCCAGCAUUGGACAAAUACUGAAAUGGGAGGCCACCAAAAUCCUAGACAGAUUAGGCAGUCUGCGUUGUUUCGGAAACUUAAGGCCUCGCGAGCGUAUAUCAGGUCCCUCUUCAAUAAGUCUGCCUGCACGGAUGAGUCCUGCGCAAAAUUAUCCGAAAAUAGGACAAAAAGAAAUGAAUUAGGCUUUGAAAGAGACCAUUUUAGAGCUACAUUAUUUGACAAAGAUAGAAGCCAGAGGAGAGCCUCAUUCUCUGCUAAACCUUCCUGUCCAGCCUCGGAAUCUUCCUCCGGUUCUUCAUCACUGUCUUCUUCUUUAAACUCGAGUGGCACGCUGGAUCCACAAAUACUGAAGAGAUGCAACAGUGUGAGCUCGGAGAUGGCACGUUCCAUCGAAGGAGCUAUAGCUCACUGUAAGCAUUCUCAGUUUCUAUAAUAUCACUCAACAAAAACCAAAACCGAAGCACGAGAUAUGGCAACUCCUUCUCCGCCGAGCAAGAAUCACCGAAGUAAUGAACAUAAGGGGAAAACCGAAAUGAACGGUUAAAGCUCGAGACUAUCUAGUUUGUUUUCUGGAUGUAAUGGUGUUGCUUUUAUAGCUAGCAGUAGGAAGUAAAAGCUUUUCAGUUAUUUCAGUUAAGGGUUA